AAUGGAAAAAGGGCAGGGUGUAGUAGCAGAAAAACCCUGCGAGUAACGAGCCCAGGGUUUUAAACUAACACAACCGGAGCCGAAGCGCUUUUUGUUCGUUCGGCCUCAGCGCUCUACUUCUUCUUCUUCCUAUUUCUUUCUGCAGUUUCUUUGGGCCAAUCAUACUAAGAAAACGGGACAUUUUUGUCUUCCAAAAGUUUCUGUUAUGCCUACUUGUUCCUUCUUCUUACUAGUGCUUUAAACAAAACUCGCAUACACCGUUUCUAAACAUGACGAAUAAGAGAGUUCUUUCACGUCACCUCUUCUUCAAAACCAGAAGAGCAGUAACAACCUCAGCUGCUCUUCCAUUAGACCCCUCCUACGCCACCAUUUCAUCCAUCCCCGCCGACCAUUUUUCCCUUUGCCUCUCCUUCUCUGAGCAACUCAUUAAUCGUGGCUUACUAUCCUCUGCUCGGAAACUCUUUCAGCGCGUCGUUUCUAACUCUUCUCCUGUCUCUGAUGCAUUAUCAACCGUUGAUUUCGUCACUUCCCGUGGCUUGGACCUUGAUUUAUCCACAUACGCUGUUCUCAUUAAGAAGCUUGUGCAAUCAGGGCAUCUCCUGUUGGCCUACUCUUUUUACUCAGAUUAUAUUAUUGGUAGAGGUAUUAUUCCCGACUCCUCUAUUGCUAAUUCUAUAGUCAUUUGUUUGUGUAAGUUAGGGAAGUUAGAGGAAGCUACAAUUCUUUUUGAUCGGCUUGUAACGGACAAUUCUUGUGAAAAGCCUGCCUUUAAUGCUCUCGUUAGGCUGCUAUGCUCGCAAGAAAGAUUUUUGGAUGCAUUUGAUUACUUUAUUAAAAUGAUUAAUAUUAAUGUUAAUUUGGGUUGCUGGUAUUAUAAUGUGUUGAUUGAUGGACUAUGUCAGAAAGGGUAUUUGGAAGAAGCGAUUCAAAUGUUUGAUUUAAUGCCUGAAAGAACAGAAUCGUUACCUACGCUUCAUUUGUACAAGUCUUUGUUUUAUGGUCUUUGCAGACAAGGGUGGGUUGUGGAGGCUGAGUCUUUGUUUGGAAAAAUAGAGUCGCAAGGUUUCUUUGUGGACAAGACGAUGUACACUUCAUUGAUAAAUGUAUACUGUAAGGGUAGGAAGAUGAAAAUGGCCCUGAGAGUUUACUAUAGGAUGCUUAAGACAGGUUGUAGGCCGGAUAGUUAUACUUAUAACACAUUGAUCCAUGGGUUUGUUAAGAUGGGUUUGUUUGAUUACGGUUGGGUGUUAUUCAACCAGAUGAUGGGACAGGGACUGCAGCCAAGUGUGGUCACUUUUCACGUUAUGAUAAGUAAUUAUUGCAGGGAAGGGAAGGUGGAUUGUGCUUCUAUGCUUCUGAAUAACAUGAUUAGCAAGAAUUUAGCUCCUAAUGCCCACUGUUACACAGUUCUAAUUACAUCCUUAUAUAAGGAGAAUAGGAUAACGGAAGCAGAGGAAUUCUAUGAAAGGAUGCUUAAUGGUGGGCUUGUUCCGGACCAUGUUUUGUUCUUCAAACUUAUGAAGAUGUACCCUAAGGGGUAUGAACUUGACAUUGCUUUUAUGGUUCUGAAGGCAAUAGCUCUAAAUGGGUGUGGGUUUGAUCCAUUAUUACUUCCGGUUUCUGCUAAUGAAGAAUUGGAGCAAAAGAUUGUGAUUUUGAUUGAGGAGAUCUUGAAAAGCAACUUGCAUCUAGCCAAAGUUGCAUUCAAUGUACUUAUAAGUGCCCUGUGUGAGCAAGCACAACAGGAUAGUGCUUCGUAUUUCAUGGAUAAAAUGGAGAGUCUAGGAUGCAUGCCUCUCCUUUUUACUUACAACUCCUUGAUAAAGUGUCUUUCCCAGAAGGGUCUUUUUGAGGAUGCUGAAUCCCUACUCAAUCGUAUGCAAGCUCAAGGUAUCUUUCCAGAUCAAGCAACCUGUUUGAUAAUAAUAAAUGAACACUGUAAACAUGGGAAUCUGGCACCAGCUUUUGAUAUCCUGGACCAAAUGGAGGACAGAGGAAUGAAACCUGGGGUUGCUAUUUAUGAUUGCAUAAUACGUUCUCUUUUCCGGAAAAAAAAGGUAUCUGAAGCUAAAGAUAUGUUCGUAAGGAUGCUUAAGUCUGGGGUGGAUCCUGAUGAGAUUAUUUAUUUAACAAUGAUUAAUGGCUUUUCAAAUAAUGGAAGAGUCAUUGAAGCCCGUCGGCUAUUUCAUGAAAUGAUUGAGGCUGCUAUUAGGCCGACAUCUCAUUCUUACACUGCUCUGAUUAGCGGGUUAGUCAAGAAAGACAUGACUGAUAAGGGAUGCAUGUAUCUUGAAAAGAUGUUGGAUGAUGGUCUUGUGCCUAAUGCUGUACUGUACACCUCUCUCAUCAAUAAUUUCUUGCAGAAGGGAGAGUUUGAAUUUGCUUUUAGAUUAGUUGAUUUGAUGGACAGAAACCAGAUUGAGCUUGACCUGAUCUCUUAUAUUUCACUGGUCAGUAGGUUUUACAGAAGCAUCAGCAGCAGGAAAAGAUGGUUCGCUAUGAGGAGAGGGUCUGAAAGAGCAAGAGAAAAAUUGUUCCAACUGCUCCAUCGUCAAUCUCUACUGCCAAAAGAAAAGAAUUUAAGAGUUUCUGAUAGUUCUCCUGAAGCUAUGAAAUGUUUUGCAUUGAAGCUUAUUCAGAAGGUUAAACAAACAAGGUUUAUGCCAAAUUUGUACCUCUACAAUGUUAUAAUUUCUGGAUUUUGUGAGGCAGAUAGGAUGCAGGAUGCAUAUGAUCAUUUUGAAUUGAUGCAAAAAGAAGGCGUGCUUCCCAAUCAAGUGACUUUUACCAUACUUAUGGGUGGACAUAUUAAAGCUGGUGAAAUUGAUCAUGCCAUAGGCUUAUUUAAUAAAAUGAAUGCAGAUGGUUGCACUCCAGAUGGCAUUGUGUACAAAAUUUUAGUAAAUGGCCUUUGCCAGGCUAGUAGAUUACUUGAAGCGUUGUCACUUUUACAUGUGAUGCACAAGAGGGGGCUCAUUCCUAGCAAGGGUACUUAUGAAAUUAUACUUCAGUAUUUUUGUGACAGUUAUUUGGCCGUCCCUGCAUUCAAGAUAUUCGAAGAGAUGGUUGUCUAUAGUCCAGGCCCACAGUUAUAUUAUUGUAACUGGUUGCUUUGUAUCUUAUGUGUACAACAGAAAUUGCGGGAAGCAUGUAUAGUAUAUGAUUCAAUAAUUCAAAGGGGCAAAUAUCCUUAUAAGCCAACUAAAAGUCUCUUCAUCAAAACAUUUAGAAAAUGCAAGAUGGACUUCAGCUGACGGCAAUGUUGGUAUUAAAUUAUUAAUCCCUCUCUUCUGUUGGCUUCAAGAACAAAGAGCGAAAGAUAUCAUGGCUUGAUGCCAGUGGAGUGUUAUUGAAGACGUGCCAGAAGGUAUUCUUUCACAAAUAUAGGAUGAGAUGUUGCUUAUGUGUUGUUGCUAUUACAGCCCUGAAAAAUCAAGGGAGAAGUUUAAACUUUAGGCAGACAUAAGAGUUUGUACUUCAGUGUUAUGAGUUUUCCAGAUCCUUCAGAUUCCUGGUUCUAUAGAACUUACAGGGAUAAAGAUAAAGUGUUAUACAAACUUUCCUGUGUUCUUACAACUGGUAAUAUGGCCCAAUUUAAUGGAGAAGCUAAUAUAAUAUGAAGAGCGUGAAUGAUGCAGAGUGAUGGCUGUUGUAAACUUCUGAUGAAAUGCACCUUUUAGUGUGAGGCUUUGCAUUCUGCAAGGGUGUAGGUUUUCAACCUUGCAAGUCGAUUUAUGGCGUGAGACUGCUGAAAACAAGUAGUGCGCUUGGGUCGGGCAUUUGACAAUAUUUACUUCUGAGAAGCAAGUAAAUGGGUACUGCUAUACGGAGUUUCACUUUCACAGAGUUUUGUUGAUGGAGAAAGCUCGGUUUCUUGCUAGGAGGCAACUGUUAUAAUAUGCAUAGAAUAGAUGAAGCUUCCCUUCAACUUGCAGGCUGAUGUUAUGCAUAAAAGCUGAAGGACACACUUUGUUCUGUUCUUUUACCUUGUUGAUUUGUUUAGAAAUAAUUUUGGUUGAUUUCGGGUUCAUACUGCAUCAUAUAUGUAUAAUUUGUUCCUCUGUGUAUUGUGGCCGGGAAAGAAAGAUUAAUUUAUUUAUUAUGCAUGUAUGACAAGGAUAAAUUCUUCUACAUAA